UUAAAACAAACUAAAACAAAAACAAAAAUUAAUAUUUAAAACAAAAAAAAAACAUUAAAAGAACACAGAACUCAAACGUGUCAGAUCUCUUUUUCUCUCUUUUUCUUCUUACAAAACUUUCUCUCUCUAGAAAGUUUCUGUUUUUAUCUUGAGUUGGCAGAAGAUUUAGAAGGAAAAAAAUAUUGAUUUGUAUAAGUUGUGGAAAAAAAAAAACAGGGUAGAAAACAGUGUAAGGAAGCAGAAAAUGUCGGAACCAAAAGACCCGGCGAUCAAAUUAUUUGGAAAAACAAUCCCUUUGCCUGAGAAAUCUCCAAAAGCAGCAUCAGCAGCAGCAACAACAGUAGCUAACUUUUGUGCUACUUGUGGUGACGGUAACAAUAAUAAUAACAAUAUUGAUCAAGAUCAAGAUCGUUGUUGUUCUACAAAUUCUUCACCAGAGGAAGAUAAAGGGGAAGAGAGAGAAGUUGAAAAGGACAUUGUGGGAGAUAAAACAAUGGAGUCUGAACAAGAAGUUGGAGAUAGAAAGGAGGAUGGUUCUAAACAGGAUGAUGGUGCUCCUCCAGUUACUUCUGUAGAAUCUACAAAUUUGGAGGCAAUCUCUGGAGCAAGCGACAACCCUAAAACACCUUCUGUUGAGAAGGAGAGCACUGCUUUAAAAACUUCUAAAACUGAUGAAGAUCAAAGUGAGACAAGUAAUCCACAAGAAAAAACCUUGAAGAAACCCGACAAAAUACUUCCAUGCCCCCGCUGCAACAGCAUGGAUACCAAGUUUUGUUACUACAACAAUUACAAUGUCAAUCAACCCCGACACUUUUGCAAGAACUGCCAGAGAUACUGGACAGCUGGGGGGACCAUGAGGAAUGUACCUGUGGGUGCUGGACGUCGCAAGAACAAGAAUUCAUCUUCUCACUACCAUCACAUAACUGUCUCUGAAGCUAUGCAAAAUGUUCGUACCGACAUUCCUAAUGGAGUUCACCAUCCAGCCCUGAAAGCUAAUGGUACUGUUCUCACCUUUGGCUCGGAUACACCCCUUUGUGAAUCAAUGGCUUCUGUUUUGAACCUUGCAGAUAAAACAAUCCGUAAUACCACACGAAAUGGGUUUAAUAAGCCUGAGGAGUUAAAGAUUCCUGUUUCUUAUAGAGGUGGAGAAAAUGGGGUUGAGCAUUCAAAUGGAUCAUCUGCCCCAACUACAAAGGAUGAGGUAGGUAAAGCUGGGUCACAAGAUCAAAUGUUGCGGAAUUGUCAGGGUUUUCCACCUCAGAUGCCAUGCUUUCCUGGGGUUCCUUGGCCUUACCCGUGGAAUUCAACUCAGUGGAGCUCUCCUGUACCUGCUUUCUGCCCUCCAGGCUUUCCUAUGCCUUUCUAUCCUGCCGCCGCUUACUGGGGUUGUACGGUUCCAGGCACAUGGAAUUUCCCUUGGCCUCCUCAGCCUUCCUUUCCAAAGCAAACGGCCCCAAGUUCUGGUCCGAAUUCCCCUACCUUGGGAAAACAUUCAAGAGAUGAGAACAUGGGCAAACCAGGCAACACUGGAGAAGAGGAGCCGGUAAAGGAAAAUAAUGCUGAAAGAUGCCUUUGGAUUCCUAAAACAUUGAGGAUCGAUGAUCCAGAAGCAGCAGCAAGGAGUUCUAUAUGGGCAACACUUGGCAUUAAGAAUGAUAAAUCUGAUUCGAUAGGUGGUAGAGGACUCUUUAAAGCAUUUCAAUCAAAGGGUGAUGAAAGGAAUCAGGUUCCUGAAACCUCUCCAGUCUUGCAAGCAAACCCAGCAGCAUUGUCUAGGUCAAUAAACUUCCAUGAGAGCUCAUAAUCCUGUAAGUUAUGAUUUUGAUUGGUUUAUGGUGUUAAUUAUUCGUUACAAAGUCAGUCCAACUUCGUUAGCUUAGCCACCUUGUCAUCUCACCUUCAUCUCUUUAUAACCAUCUCUCCAAGCAGGCCAACUUAGGAGAACAGAAGAAGAGUUCCUGUCAUAUCCUUUGACGGCAGAGUAUUUAGCUGAAGUAGAAACUGAUUUUUCUUUGUUUCUUUUUGUUUUUUUGGGGUUCUGUUUUUUUUGCCAAAGAGGUAUGAGCAGUUCUUUUUUUUUUUUUGUUCCAUUAGAUGCUUUGCGAGUUCUGUAUAUAAAAUAUAUAUGAAAUGGUGAGAGGUAGGACAAAGUAAGUUUCUGUAACAUAAUCCCAGUUGUAUUCAAAUAAAAUUGGGAACUGAAAUCAAUCUUCUUAUUCUCUCCCAA